AGUAGAGUCCCACCAUCCGAGAACGCAGCAUCGUCGUCUAAUCAUGUGGUUACUAAGCAACAGCUACAGAGUUUUGUUUGGGUUUCUAAGAGUUAGGGUUAGCAGUGGGUGCACGGGUCUGACCAUUCUCUCUCCAGAAAUAAGUUGGUGUUUUGUCCUAAUGCGAUGUCGUAAUUUUAUCCUUUUAUCUUUUUUAUCGUCUGUUUCAUUUCUUUCUUCGCUCAGAUGUUGGAGAGUGACAGGGUUCUCAGCGAUACCACACUUUAACCCGGAGAUAAAUAGACUUAUUAAUACGCGGGAUGGACGCUGUUCUGCUGGACCAGACCCGUGCUCCGGUUGCCUUUGGCCGUCGAGCUGUUCCGCAACUGUUCGAGCAGCUGCAGCGGCCUGAGAGCGAUAGUAGGCGGCGCGCUUUGGCUUCACUCUGCGACCUGAUGCACGAGCCGGAGCGGAUCUACCAGACCGUUAACGGAGGUUUUCUUGAGCAAUUGAAGGGUUUGUUGAAGGACAAAGAUCCAACAGUUAGAAAACAAACGUGCGAGCUGCUGCACCUGCUCAGCGGCCACAACAUUGGCAGACAGGCACUGCUCUCCUCCUCUCUCCUCCCCCCUCUGUCAGAGCUGCUGGACGACGACUCAUCAUCCUGCAGGAGAAACGUCCACCAGGUGUUGAACCGCCUCGCUCUGCUGCCUGCAGGUGCAGAUGCUCUCCUGUGUCUGGUUCCUAAACUAAUGAUGAAGCUCAAAGAGGAGGAAGAGGAGGAGGAGGAGGAGGUGCAGGUGCUGCUCCUCUCCACCCUCAGCUGCUGCUCCUCUCUGGAUGCUCUUCCUGCUCUGGCCCUUGAUGCUGUGUCGCUUGUGAGACACAAACUCUCACACAGCUCCCCGAACGUGCGCAGAGAGGCUGCUGCAGCCAUGAUGGCACUCAGCGUUCCUGAGGACGGGAAGCGGCGGGUGUGCGAGGAGGCCGUACUUCCUGUCAUGGUUGGUCUGCUGCAGGACACAGAUGUCAAGGUUCAGGCCAACGCUGCAGGAGUCAUCAUGUACACCGCCAUCACCACCCCAGGUAAACUGCAGUGUCUCGAUCUGGACGUGGUCCCUAUUCUCCUUGACCUUGUGUCCAAGAAGAAAGAGGAAGAGGAAGAGGACAACAUGGAGAGGAGGAGGAGGAUGAAGGCCCUCAUCAUGUACUCAUUGCGAGCUCUGACCGCUUUGGCUGAAGCUCCAAACGGCCGUUGCCUUCUGCUGGAGCAGCUCCCUCUACUGGAGAGGAGGAGUGAGGCAGCAGAGGAGGACGAGGACAUCCGGCGGGCUGCUCAAACUGCUGUCAGGGUCAUUACCUGGACACCGUGAGACAAGACACUGUAUAAUACACUACCCAUACCCUCUUUAUCGAAACAACACACAGGUGACCUUAGUAAGUCACCUGCCAAGUUUGAGGCUGUCAAGGGACGCAUUAAACAGACAUGUGAAGAACAGAC